AUGAAAGAAGACGAGUUGGAAUUAAUCCCUAAUGAAAUCCCAAUUAGUGUGAAAGAAGAACCACAGGAAGAAGGGUGCAGUUUCAACUUGAAUCAAAUUUAUGUAUGUAUGAAAAAGGAACCUCCGACGAAUUUCCAAACUGGGGAACAUCUACAGCUUUACGGUUCGAAUUUUAUCAAAGAGGAAGAUGCUUGGAAACAGAACUUGUUCAAGUCGGACUCCGAUUCAGAUGAAGAGGUUUUGGUUCGAUUGGAGCAGCGGUCAUCGCCCACAAAUCAGGUCGAAGAAAUAGCAAUAAAAAAUGAACCAAUAGAGGAACACGAAGGAUUUGAAUCGGAAUCACCAGACCUCAAUGAUUCAAUCACCAUAAAAGAGGAAGACACUUGGAAAGAGAAACUCAACGCUUCGGGAGGAAGUGACAUUGAAAGCAGUUCCAGUGGAACAAGGAUACGUUACAGGCCCAAGUGUACUGAAUGCAGUAAAACAUUCUCAUGUAACUUACGCUUGAAUUAUCACUACGCUCUUAAACAUACGGUAAAUAGCGAAGAAGUCGACCAAGAAGCAGAGUGCGUAAUUUGCAAUCAAAAGCUACAGAGCAAGGCAAAGCUAAUAUGGCACAUGACAUAUUAUCACGGCAAAAAGGAAACAUUUUCCUGUGACCAAUGUAAAGCAAUUUUCAGAGAACCGUUCAAACUGGAAGAUCAUUACGCAGCUGCGCAUCUAGGAAAACCUCGUUAUGAGUGCGAAUUUUGUAAAAAACAAUUCUUUCACAGAUCAGCCUACCAGGUGCAUCGUAAGCACAAACACCCCAAAGAGCACAGCGAACUGGUAAAGAAUGGUCGAAAGGCUCCCCUCAACAUCAUAAAUGUGUUAGAUGAUGCCGCAUCUAAGCCAAGCAAAUUUCAAUGCAAAAUUUGUAACGAAAAGUUUGACAAUCGCUUUGUCUUCGAAGACCAUAAGUCUAGCCAUCCAAAAAAGCUUAAACAUGCGUGUAACAAAUGUGAUAAAACAUUUGGACACAAAGACUCCCUUGAAUAUCAUUUUGCUAAAGAACACAUUGGUAAACCCCGUUACGGGUGCGACUUUUGUGAUAAGCAAUUUUACCACAGCUCGGACUAUUACAAACACAGAAAAAGUCGUCACUCCGAAGAAUAUGCCGCUCUACGGAAGAAACAUAACACCACGCGGAACCUUCCCAUCAAGGAACUUUACUCGCUGUCGGAGCUCAUGGGACUAGAAUCAGCUGUUAAACGUAAACCCAACGAAGAGAGUACCAGGAAGUCACAGUAUCAGUGUGAAUUUUGUGGAGCGCAAUUUUUCUGCCUUUCUGUAUACUACAAACAUCGGAAGCUGAAUCACUCGGAUCGGGUGCCCGUUGUUCACAAGCCGUACAAAUGUGAGACUUGUGAAAAAGCUUAUUCUUCUCAGAGUACGUUGGACAAUCACGUUGCAUUGGCACACGAACGCAAGACAACCGAUGUGUGCGAAUAUUGUGGACAGCGCUUUUUCUUGCGAGCUAGGUAUGUGAACCACGUGCGUACGAAACAUCCGGAAGAGAAGUUGCAACUACAUAGGCGCUAUCCGCCAAAGAAACAGUGA